AUGGUAGACGCAGCUUCCGGCUCGGCGGAUAAGUCUGUGCAGGUCAAACUGGUUCUUCUGGGUGAAGCUGCUGUUGGCAAAUCCUCCGUUGUUCUUCGCUUUGUUUCCGAUGAAUUUCAACCAAACAAAGAGCCCACCAUCGGUGCAGCAUUUCUGACGCAGAAAUGCCGCCUGGAAGAUCGUAUCUUGAGAUAUGAAAUAUGGGAUACAGCAGGUCAAGAGCGGUUCCAUUCAUUGGCUCCCAUGUAUUACCGCAAUGCUCAAGCUGCCGUGGUUGUAUACGACGUCACCAAAGCCAGUAGCUUAGAGAAAGCAAAAUCGUGGGUCAAAGAGUUACAACGCCAGGCGAAUCCCAACAUUGUAAUCGCAUUGGCUGGAAAUAAAGUUGACCUUGUGCAAUCUUCUACCUCAUCGACGUCCGCAGCAUCGCCCCCCGAGUCAGAAGAUGAAGCCGAUGAUGCCACUGCCACACCUGGAGAAUCUGCAGGCGCAGGAAAUGGCGAGCCUGAAAGUUUGCGACAGGUUCCCCGUGAAGAGGCUCAGGCCUAUGCCACAGAGGCAGGUCUUCUUUUCUUCGAGACCAGCGCCAAGACUGGGGAGGGUAUUGUUGAUAUAUUUACUGAAAUUGCUAAGAAAAUUCCUAUUGAACAUAUUUUGGCCGCUACUCGCGGCAACGCUGGACGUUCCGGUACGAGCGGUAGCAGUCGAACUGAGGGGACACGGCAACAAGGCGUGAACCUCGAAGAAGACCCGGCGAAGGCAAAGGAUGCUUGCAACUGUUAA